AUGGCAAGCUCAUUGUCCUCGUCAGUGACUUCAUUGCAGUCCUCUCUCCAGAUACUGGACAAUUCUAUAAACACUCUUGAUUCAGGCGUGAACGACUUCCCUCGUUUACGUAAAGUCCUCCAGACAACGCGACACUUUGAGCUUCUUCCUGAGCCUACUUUGCGCGAAGCCCAGCAAUCCCUCCUUGACGAAAUCACUCCCAGUAUCGCCCAUCUUCUGACGUUAUCAUCAACUCACGUCGAAAAGCUCGCGCGCCGCGAACAGGGCCUCAAGGCAAAAUGCGAAUUGCAAGAAGGACGACUUUCGUCCAACCCAGAAAGUCGGUCAUCAGCUACUCGCAGCCAACCUCCGAGUAGUUCGCUGCGGGGUCGCAUGGCGGGGUCUGGCACUGGUUCAUCCAGCAGUUCUGCAUCCAGGGCAGCGGAAUUGCGCAGACUUGUACAGAAGAAAGAACGGCUCAAGUUUGCAGUCGAUCGGCUGGAGCUACAGAAUACGCAAAAGCAAAGGCAGUUACGAAAGAGCAUGGCUGCACAGUGA